AUGUCCGGGGCCCCACGCUCCAACCUUGGACUUGUUCCCAGGGACAUGAAUGGUAGCCUUCCAGUUAGUACUACAAAUUCCUCUGGGCCAAGCAUUGGUGUUAGCUCUUUGGUGACCGAUGGCAACUCAUCACUUUCUGGAGGUGCCCAGUUUCAGCAAAGUACGAGCAUGAAUGCUGAUUCAUUCAUGCGCCUUCCUGCCUCUCCGAUGUCGUUUUCGUCCAAUAACAUUUCUGGCUCUUCAGUCAUUGAUGGCUCCAUCAUGCAGCAAAGUCCACCCCAAGAGCAGAUGCAGAAGCGGAGAGCAUCUAGUGUAACAUCACAACCUGUGAUUGAUGCUGCCGCCGCAUUUCAUGCUCAAAAGAAGCCAAGAGUUGAUAUUCAGCAAGAUGAUAUCUUGCAACAACAGUUGAUUCAACAGCUGCUCCAAGGUCAGAGUUCUCUUCAUCUCCAGGGCCAACAUAACCCACAGCUUCAAGCCUUGAUCCGGCAGCACAAACUGGCACAAAUUCAGCAACAACAGCAGCAUCAGUUAUCGCAACAAUUUCCUCAGCAUCAACAUUCUCAAGUUGGCAUACCUCGGCAGCCACAGUUGAGGCCGCCGCCAGCACAGCCUGGAAUUCAGCUAGCUGGACCUGUUAGGACUCCCGUUGAGAGUGGGCUUUGUUCUCGAAGGUUAAUGCAGUAUUUGUAUCACAAGCGUUACCGGCCAGAUAAUAAUCCCAUAACAUACUGGAGGAAGCUCAUUGAUGAAUAUUUUGCACCACGAUCAAGAGAGAGAUGGUGUGUGUCAUCAUAUGAAAAACCAGGGAAUACCUCAGCUGCUAUUCCACAGACAUCCCCGGGUACAUGGCGUUGUGAUAUUUGUAAUACACAUUCGGGGAAAGGAUAUGAGGCUACCUCUGAAAUACUUCCUAGACUCUGUCAAGUUAGAUUUGACCACGGUGUUAAGGAUGAAUAUCUAUUCCUUGACAUGCCGAACGAGUUCCGGUUGCCCAACGGACUGCUGCUCCUGGAGCAUACUAAAGUUGUUCAGAAGAGCAUCUACGAUCACCAACAUGUCACACAUGAGGGACAACUGAGAAUAAUAUUCACUCCAGAACUAAAGAUUAUGUCCUGGGAGUUUUGUUCACGGAAACACGACGAGUAUGUCACUCGCAAGUUUUUAACAGAGCAGGUUACACAUAUGCUGCGUGCUACCCAGAGUUAUCAAGCUACUGUCACUAAAAAUGGACCUGCUGGCCUAUCGAACGAUGAGGCACAAAAGGCUUGCAACGAGUUUGCAUCAGCAUCACGUCAACUAGCGAAAAAUAUUGAUCACCACAGCCUAAAUGAACAUGGUCUUUCUAAAAGAUAUGUUCGCUGUUUGCAGAUAUCAGAGGUGGUGAAUCACAUGAAGGAUCUAAUUGAGUUCAGCCACAAGAACAAGCUCGGCCCUAUAGAGGGCCUGAAGAACUAUCCCAAGCAAACUGCUGGACCAAAGCUCACGGUGCAGAAUUUGCAUGACUCAAAGGCAGUCAAAACAGAAAUGAGCCCCCAUGUGAAUAACGAGGUUCCAGGUGUUGGAGCAAUUAGUAAUAAUCCGCAGAAUCCUGCAGCACAAAGCAAUUACCAACAUAUGCUGAGAAGCUCAAGUGCAAAUCAGGGUUUGCUGCAGCAGGAGGCAUCACAGAAUGCUGCCGGAAUGAACAGUUACCAGAAUAUGUUCAGAAGCUCAAGCGCAAAUCAGGGUUUGCUCCAGCAGGAGGCAUCUCAGAAUGCUGCUGCGCUAAAUAAUUACCAGAAUAUGCUUAGAGGCUCGAGCCCAAAUCAAAGUUUGCUUCAGCAGGAGGCAUCGAGUAUCUUCAAAGGUCCUACAGCAGUGCACAGUGGCAUUCAGCUGGAAGCAUCUAGAUCGUUCCGUGCGUCUCAGCUUGGGCAAUUCCAGCAUCCCAUGUCAUUCCAGCAAGGUAUGCCCCAGCACCAGCAUAACAGUUUCCAAGGCCUGGGUGCUAGUCCACAAUUCCAGCAGCAUGUGAUCAAUCAGCUGCUGCAAGAAGCCAAGAAUACCAAUAGUCGCGCUCUUGCUCAUCAGCAACACCAUCAGCAGCAGCAGCAGCAACACCAUCAGCAGCAGCAGCAACACCAUCAGCAGCAGCAGCAACAACAUCAACAGCCGCAGCAGCAGCAGCAGCAACAUCAACAGCCGCAGCAGCAGCAGCAACAUCAACAGCCGCAGCAGCAGCAACAUCAACAGCCGCAGCAGCAGCAGCAGCAACAUCAACAGCCGCAGCAGCAGUCUCCUAGCACUCCCAAUGCAAAUGGUGGUCUCGCAUCCGGAGCCGCGGUCACCAACAGCGCUGCUAGCGCAGAGCAGGCACAGCACAUGAAUAACGGCACAGCAAAGGGCGCCGCUCCGAUGGGUAUGACGGGGCCUAGUAAUCUGAUCAACAGCGGAGCUGGCAUGGUCCAGCGAAGCAGCAGUUUCAAGUCAGUGAGCAGCAACCCGGCCGCUUCUGGCGGCAAUGCGGCGGCGACCCCAAAGGCGGAGUCUGUGCACGACAUGGACGACCUGGAACAUCUCAUCUCCCACGAACUCGUGGAGAGCGGGCUGUUCAUGGGGGAGCAGCCGGGAGACGGCGGCUUCUCGUGGAACAUCUGA